GACCUCAAAAUGUCUACCGAUUUGCAAUGGCUCCUUCUCCGACAAUGGAACUCUUUCCAGGUCAAACCCAAGAACGGAAAGACGUUUUCCAAAGAGAAGGGAAACCUCCUCAACCUUCACUCUCAUAAAUACUCUGGACUCGCAAACUCCAAAGUCGUCAACAUUGACCUUGCCGCUGAGGGUAACGUCGUGAUCACCAAGAUCAAAGGUGACGCCAAACCCACCCAGGUCGCUUCCGCUCGUACUCACGUCACUCUCCGACGUAAUACCGGACCUAGACGAGUGAACAAAAUCGUCGCUGUGGAGACCGCUCACAAAGGUUACCGGGCUGAUCUCCGUCAUGCCGCCGUCGCUCGCGCCUCUGCCGUCCUCAAAGCACACAAACAAAGUCUCAACCCACCCAAAGAAUACCCAAUCAAAGUCCGGGGCAAGAAGGGAAAAGCCUUUAUGGGAGCUGAGAAGACUGAGGAUGAUGUGAUUGAACUUGAUUAGGUCAUGAUGCAUUGGUCGUGAUCCGUCUCAUGAUUG